GGUUGAUUUUUUUUGGCAGCAAAGGAAAAUCAACAUUCUGUGUCCACCAUGUCCACACCACUUCGCCAGGGCUUAAACAAAGUCUACUUGCCCAACAUCAUUUUCAAAAUGGUGCGAUCACCAAAUUUGCAACCUAACCAAGUUGCCUUCCGAGUUCCCCCAAAGUGCAACAAAUUCGAUAUCCACUCAUAUCUUACAAAUAUAUAUAAUGUCAACGUGCAAGAAGUGCGAACGAUGAACUAUGCUACUCGUAUCAAGCGACGCAAGGAUGGCCGUGUCACUGGCCGAGAUGCUGCCUACAAAAAGGCUAUUGUUACCAUCGACGAACCCUUCGCCUACCCUGCGGAACCCGACCUCAACACACUCGGAGGACCUGAUCGAGACUUGGCUCGCCAAGCUGCUGGCAGAAAAUUGAAGGGAUGGCGAUUCCGAGCACAGCCAGACGAAAAGGCUCAGGAGAAGAAGUUACAUGACGAGAAGCUUGCAAAGUUGCAAGCUGAACAAGAAAAGAAAUAGAAGUCCCUCGUAUCUCAGCAUUACACCUCAACCCCUUGUCAAAUACAGUAGAUAGAAAACCGGCCUGGCUUCCAGAUGUUUUGAUAAGAAUAAUGUCAAAUAUUCUGCAUGUACUUUAGAACGGAUUGAAACCCAUAUCUUCCAUAAAAAGCAUCUUAAAAACAUGGCGUAAUCGAUCAAUGGAC